AUGGCUCCAAUCACCGAUCAACAUGUCGAGGACCUGAAAGACCUUGUUCACAAGCUCGAAGCUCGAGUCUGGUCUCUCGAGCGAAGGCUAGAAGGCGAAAAGAAGCCCUCGGUUACGGACGCUAUGCGCAUGAUUCUCAUCGGUCCCCCAGGCGCAGGCAAGGGAACUCAAGCUCCCCGAAUCAAAGAAAAAUACUGCGUGUGUCAUCUGGCCACCGGUGACAUGCUUCGAGCACAGGUUGCAAAAAAGACUCCCUUGGGAAAAGAAGCUAAGAAGAUCAUGGACCAAGGUGGCCUAGUCAGCGACGACAUUAUGAUCAACAUGAUCAAGAACGAGUUGGACACCAACCGCGAAUGCGCCAAUGGCUUUAUCCUCGAUGGCUUCCCCCGGACGGUCGCCCAAGCUGAAGGCCUCGACUCCAUGCUUGAGGCAGAGAAAAAACCUCUGAAACACGCGAUCGAACUCCAGAUCGACGAUGGACUACUCGUCUCCCGCAUCACAGGCCGGCUAAUCCACCCAGCCUCGGGUCGGUCAUAUCACAAGGUCUUCAAUCCACCAAAGGAGUUCAUGAAGGACGAUGUCACUGGAGAGCCACUGAUUCAAAGAACCGAUGACAAUGCUGAGACUCUUAAGAAGAGAUUGGGAACAUAUCACGCACAAACAACCCCUGUGGUGACCUACUACAAGAACAAAGGUAUCUGGUCCGGGAUCGACGCCAGCCAGGACCCGGAACAUGUUUGGAAGAGUAUUCUCGCUGUUUUCGGUGACUCGAAGACCCCAGCCACCGGCAGCAUCCUGACCAAGAUCGGACUGCGGUAG